UAAUUCAAAACACACCAACGUAAUGCUUAGACCCAAAGCCCCUUCACACCUUAUUCCCCGCCAAAUCCCUUUUGAAAAUCUCAAUCCCGAUACCCCAAACCAAUUCCUAUCUCUCUCGGGAAAGCUCAUAUACCUCUUGAAACAAUGCGUCUCCACCAAAGAGCUGAAACAAAUCCACACCCAAAUGCUCAUAAACUCCAUACACAAACCCAACUUCCUCCUCCCCAAAAUCAUAGACCUCAAAGACUUCACCUACGCCUCCACCCUCUUCUCCCACAUCCCCGAACCCAACGGCUACGCUUUCAACGUCAUGCUCCGUGGCCUAACCACCACUUGGCAAAAGUACCCACUUACUCUUCAACUCUAUUACCGAAUGAAGUCUCUGGGUGUGAUGCCGGAUAAUUUCACCUACCCAUUUCUCUUCAUUGCGUGUUGGAAUCUCUCGGAGCUUAAUCAUGGCCGUGCAGCACAUUCGUCUGUGUUGAAGACCGGGUUGGAUGGUGAUGGUCACGUGACUCACUCUCUGAUCACAAUGUACUCCAUGUGUGGGGAACUGGGUUAUGCACGGAAGGUGUUCGAUGAAAUUCCCCAGAGAGAUUCCGUGUCGUGGAACUCGAUGAUUUCUGGGUAUACGAAGAUGGGGCGUGCAGGGGAUGCGGUGGGGUUGUUUGGGGAGAUGAGGGAGGCUGGAUUUGAGCUGAAUGAGAUGACUCUGGUGAGUGUUCUCGGGGCGUGCGGGGACCUUGGGGAUUUGAGCUUGGGGAGGUGGGUGGAGGAUUUUGUUGUUGAGAAAAAGUUGCAGCUGAAUUCUUAUUUGGGGUCUGCUUUGAUUGGUAUGUAUGGAAAGUGUGGUGAUUUGUGUUCGGCAAGGAGGGUGUUUGACAGUAUGAAGAAAAAGGAUCGCGUCACUUGGAAUGCCAUGAUUACUGGGUAUGCUCAAAACGGAAUGUCAGAUGAAGCAAUGGUGCUUUUUGAUGGCAUGAAAGAAGCAGGUGUUAUCCCUGAUAAAAUCACACUGGUUGGAAUGUUGUCUGCAUGUGCUGCAAUUGGUGCCCUAGAUUUGGGGAGAUGGAUUGACAAAUACGCAUCUGAAAGGGACUUCCAACAUGACAUUUAUGUUGCUACUGCAUUAGUUGAUAUGUAUGCUAAGUGUGGCAGCUUAGCCAAUGCUCUAAGAGUUUUUGAAGACAUGCCCCAGAAAAAUGAGGUUUCUUGGAAUGCCAUGAUAUCUGCCCUUGCUUUCCAUGGGAGAGCCCAUGAAGCAAUAUCCCUAUUUGAGCGUAUGACAGAAGAAGUUGGGGCUGCUCGGCCAAAUGACAUCACGUUUGUCGCAGUACUUUCUGCGUGUGUUCAUGUUGGACUAGUCGAUGAGGGUCGUCGAUUGUUUGAUUUAAUGAGCUCAUCAUUUGGGCUGGUUCCAAAAGUAGAGCAUUAUUCUUGCAUGGUUGACCUUUUGUCACGUGCAGGAGGCGUACAUGAAGCUUGGGAUUUCAUCAAGAAAAUGCCUGAAAAACCAGAUGAAGUUACACUGGGAGCGUUACUUGGUGCCUGUCGGAAAUGUGGAAAUGUAGAUAUCACUGAACAGGUAGUGCAGCUGCUUCUAGAAUUGGAGCCUUCAAACUCCGGAAACUAUGUUAUCUCAUCAAAGAUCUAUGCGGGCUUAAAAAUGUGGGAUGACUCAGCAAGGAUGAGAGUGUUGAUGAGACAAAGGGGUGUCAGCAAGACUCCUGGCUGUAGCUGGAUUGAGAAAGAGAAUCAACUUCAUGAGUUUCACGCCGGUGAUAAUUUAGAAGAGAUCUCUCAAGUACUUAAAGUAUUAUAUGAGGAUUUGAAGGAUGAAGGUUACAUACCAAACAUUAAUGCUCUUUAGAGAAACAAUGAUGGAAACAAGUGCUAUACAUCUGGAUAACCAAACGGCAUGCUUAUGAUUUUGGCCAGUUUGGACAUGCAUAGAAAUAUAUGCACAUGACUGUGGAAGUGGAACUUGAAGAAAGAUUGCAUUGACUUUUAUAGCUUACAGGCGAGCUUUAAUCCAGAGAAGAUUGAUCAUGCCUAGGAAAAUUUUCACUAGGCAAACUCCCAAGUGGGACAGUUCAAAGAUGGAAUCUUGUUAGGAUGUAUGAUUCUAGUCUGACAUCCACAUAUGUACACACACACACACGUGUGUGUGACACGUGUGUGUGUGCUUGGAAUGCUACUUUUUACUGAUAAUCAGCCAACAUACAGAUGACGGCACAUGAUUUGUCUACUAUGCUACAAUGUGGGCAGAGAAAUAUCAUAUUUCUUCUUAACAAUGGCGGAUAUCCAAAAGAAGAAAAGUUCCAUCUUGGGCCUUACAAUGUAAUCAAGAACUGGAACUACACUACCUUGGUUGAUUCUUUCCAUAAUGGGGAAGGCAACUGCUGGACGACCAAGUUCAAUGCGAGGAGGAGCUUAUAGCAGCAAUUAAUACGUAACUACAUUGUCAGGCUGUACAACAACUGCCUUCUCCAUUUUGGACAAGAAGUGAGAACCCAACCGAGUUGAAUUCAUCGAAAAUGGCUCCAGCAAAUAGCUAAGCAUCGGCUGAUUUUACUAUUUCUGCGGUGAAGGGGGUGCUCAAAACACCCCAAUAAGAUCCAAUGAAAUGUGGGUGGUCCUCUGGUACCAGGCCUUUUUGCAGAGGGCAUGACUGCCAAGGCAUAACCACAAGUCUGCCAACUCAAUGAGGCAAUUGCUGGCCUUUGUAACGGGAAGAAGCUGCCCAGCAACAAUACCCAGUUUCAAAGCUUUACUAAGGAACUAGCUGCCUCCACUGCAAUUUCUAGGCCUUCUUGUGGUGCUUGUGUGAUGACCGAUGACACAAAGUGAAUGGACGAUUUUGCCUCUUCUCUUUUCGAGAACGACUUCUGUAGACAACCCAAAGGCUCUCCAUCGCGUGCUGAGGAAUACAAAUUGCUUGAGACUAUUUCCCUUUUUUAUUUGUGCUUUUUGUAAUUGUUUUUGGGUUUUUGUAAAUUCAGAGAUGGAUAUGAUGAAAUAGAGAUUGUCAAAAUUGUUGCUUGGUGAAGACAUGUCAGUUUUUUGUUUUAUGUUCAUUUCUCCAGAUUCUUGAAAUUUCAAGUUCAGUUUAAUCUAUUGUCAAUCCAUUUUGUUUGUUG